AAGGGCAAACACAAACACUACUUUAAAUGAGAAUUGUGAACCAAGUUGACACUUGACAAGAUAAAUUAAUCUCAAGUAAUUUUGAAACGGUUCAAAGUGUCUUUAACUGAUUAUUGAAAGUCGGGUCGAGUUGGCUAAAGAUUUUUAUAAGUUUCUUUCAGUUAUCAACCAUUAUCGGUUACGUUUCUAUUUUUCUGCAAACAGCCUAUUCAGAAAGUUUUGAAAAAUGUCUCAUUUGGAUAAACAACCGAUCCGAGUUGUUGUAACUGGAGCUGCUGGACAAAUCGCUUAUUCCCUCCUGUACAUCAUUGCUAAAGGAGAUGUCUUCGGUCGAGAUCAACCCCUAAUCUUACAUUUAUUAGACAUACCCCCUAUGAUGGAGGUAUUAGAAGGUGUCGUCAUGGAAUUGGCGGAUUGUGCCCUACCUUUACUACGCCAAGUUGUUCCUACCGCAGAUCCGGCUGUUGCAUUCAAUGACGUCUCGGCCGCUUUCUUAGUAGGCGCAAUGCCCCGUAAACAGGGAAUGGAACGUAAAGAUCUCUUAUCUGCCAAUGUGAAAAUAUUCAAAGUUCAAGGCGAAGCUUUAGAUAAACACGCACGUAAAGAUGUUAAAGUUUUGGUUGUUGGUAACCCGGCAAACACAAACGCGAUAGUCUGCUCUAAAUAUGCACCUUCGAUUCCGGCAGAAAAUUUCACAGCAAUGACCAGACUUGAUCAUAACAGAGCGAGAGCGCAAAUUGCGGCUCGUGCCAAUGUACCGGUUCCGUGUGUUUCCAACGUCAUCAUCUGGGGCAACCAUUCAUCCACUCAAGUUCCUGAUGCUAGCCAUGCUAAAGUUAACGUAAAUGGAAAAAUGGUUUCGGCCUCUGAAGCUGUAAAGGACGAAGCUUGGUUAAGAAAGCAGUUUAUCGAAACCGUGCAGAAACGAGGUGCAGCCGUAAUUGCGGCUCGUAAAAUGUCAUCUGCGAUGUCAGCGGCGACCGCCGCUGCUGAUCAUAUGCGUAGUUGGUUCCUGGGAACCGAUCCGGAUGAGUUCGUUUCUAUGGGUGUAGUAAGUGAUGGCAGUUACGGUGCACCAAAAGGUGUCGUAUUUUCUUUUCCCGUUACUAUUAGUAAUGGGCAAUGGAAAAUUGUGCAAGGUCUUAAGAUUGAUGACUUUUACCUUGACAUGUUAGCAGCAACUGGCAAAGAGCUUGAGGAAGAACGUGCUGAAGCAAUGGCUGUUAUUCAAGCAUGACUA